AUGGCGUAUCAAAUGGCCAAGGCUCGAAAGGGCCAGCCUCGAAACACGGCACACGAAAAGGACGACAUCAUAGGAUACUAUGCAGAUGAAGAUCAGACCGCACUUAUCGAACGAGCAAAAGACACGAAUCAAAUCUAUCUCAAGGAUCUCAAAGUGCAAACUCAUCACACUGGAUCCGUACUUCUGGUUCGCACCAUCGGUUACCCUCAAAAGCUCAGUGUCAUCCUGCCAUUGACGAAUGGCGUUGAAGACGAGACGACCGAUGUAGAGCGACUUAAUGUGCUGUUCAACGGCACUGUCAAAGAGCGUACUCUCCUGGCUAAAGGCAACAUACUUUUGAUCAAGGAGCCUUUCUUCGAGGAAGCGGGCGGCAGCCAUUACAUCAGAGUCGACAACCCAUCAAACCUGGUGCUCCUUGCAGACGACCAUGUUGCAGUUCCUAAAUUGUGGCAGAGCAGAGACAAUUAUUCAGCGCUUCAGUGGAAGCUCAAAGGUAACGCGGCAUUGAAGAAAGAGAAAGUUCUGGAAGCUAUCAGAUGCUACGAACGUGGCUUGUCAUUUGUGGUCACCGACGACACCGCACUUAAGAACGACCUCCACCGCAAUCUGUCAGCAGCAGCUUUACAAGCUACCCAGUACGACCUGGCAAAGACUCAAGCCCUACUCUCCAUCUCGAAGGACGACGGUUCAGAUCUUCAUGACGACAAGGCACUCUUACGAGCCGGAACCGCCUCUUACAGGCUGGGCGACUUUUUCACUGCUAAAUCAACCUUUGAACGCUUGCUCAACAUCUCGCCCUCACACAAACCAGGCAUCCAAAUGCUGGAACAUACGGAAAAUCGACUCACGGAAGAAAUGACUGGACAAUACGACUUUGAAGCCAUGACUAUCACUGCUCAAGCCAGGUUCCCGGAGUACGGUAGCUUCCUUCGACGAACUGAGAUACGCCCAUCCAAGAUUGCAGGUCGUGGAUUGUUCACUACAGAAGACAUCAGAUGUGGUGGGAUUGUACUUUGUGAGAAGGCUUUCACUGCUGAGCCGCACCCCAAGAGCGGUCCCUCGAAGGCAGCUGAGAUGAUGGACUUGCACAAAAACUCUAAGCAUAUCGGCUCGUACGCCGCACUCUUCAGUGCCACCGUCCGGAAGAUCGUCGACAAUCCAUCUCUGGCCCACAUCCUGGAUUUGCACACUGACGGCACUCGUGAAAGCCAGAAGACUAUCCCACUCGUUGACGGACUACCUGCAGUAGACGUUUUCAGAGUCCACUCGUUACUGAAACGCAACGUAUUCAGCUUUGGAAAACACGCCAUCGUCAACACUCCACCAACAGAGCUCAACAAGAUCCACGAGACAGGUGCUGAUGCGGUUGGGCUUUGGUAUCAAGUCUCUCACAUCAAUCACUCAUGCAUCGCCAACUGCCACCGCAACUUCAUCGGCGACAUGAUGAUUGUACGAGCCAACUUCGAUAUCCCAAAGAACACCGAGAUCACACUAGCAUACAUUGAGCAUUCCCCUUUACCAUCCGUCCAACAAGAGGAGUUUCAGAUGAACUGGGGCUUCCAAUGUACAUGUAACUUGUGCAUUUCCGAGCAAUAUAUCACACCCAACACAAAAAUGUACAAACAUCUCGUUGACGCCGCCGCCACAUUCAAAAGGUGGAAAACACAUCCAGCCACGGCCACCGAAGUCAUCAGAAAGGCUCAAGAAUUAGUCGAUACAAUCACACCUCUCUACCCUGAGUAUGAAAAGCUACCCCGUCUAGGUGUCACCAAUCAUCAUACCAUGCUCAUGUUGAUAUACAAGAGCAAAGAACAAUUCGAUCUUAUGGCCCUCAAUGCACGUCAAGUGAUCCGCGAUUUGGGUUUCAUCCUCUCUGUCAACGGCAACGACAUCAACAUGGAUCGCACAAACGGCAUACCAGAGAUUCACGUGGUGUGGGCGCUUCUGUUCCUCAGCGCCGAUACAUUCGAGAAGGGUAAUAGUGUGCUGGCGCUAGGAUACUGUGAUCUUGCCGAAGAGAUUUACACGAUCUUGAAUGGUACGAAGAUUGGGUUUGAGGAGAUGCAAAAGCAGCUAGAUGAGAUUGUUUUCAGUAUGCAGCUGGCAUGA